GGGUGUGACAGACCACCCACUCAAGACGGGGAAAAUCCGGUUGAUCAAGUCUGUGAACUCUGACCCCCAUUUUUCUCCAGACAACCAUUUUGAGGUUUUGUGCGACUUGCAAGUCUUACAACAAACGUCCAAAGUCGGAUCACCGAAGGUAUAUACAAGUCAUCUGAAAAUUCUGUAGGAUCAUCAUCAAGCCUGGGAAAAAGACAGGACCAGACAACGUAGCCUGAUUCAAUCGCACUUCUUCUUAUUGGCCCGUCCUCCCUACCUGGGAGGGGCCAGUUACAGCCCUGGACAGAAGAGUUUACAUUUCACAGACUACAGACAACGGACAAGGGAAAACAAAUCAUAUUUAAAAUCAUUUAAGACAACGUACAGCAUAAACUACAUGUACUAGGAAUUUUAGAAAUACAAAAAUGCGUUCAAAAAUCAGCUUAAAACAACACAUGGGUAAACACAGCAUGGAGAAAUCUUACCUGUGUGAAGAGUGUGGGUUCAGGACAGUUUUCCAGUCUUCACUAUCCCGACACAUGAGGAAGCAUACUGGUGUAAAGGCUCACAGGUGUGAAAUUUGCAAUUACCGGACUUCAAGGAGAGACUAUAUGGACCAACAUAUGGCUAAACAUAUGAAGGAAAAACCUUACAAGUGCGAUCAGUGUGACUAUGCUACUGUGAGGAAAGACUAUUUAAACACUCAUCUGGUUAAACACACAGGUGAAAAACCUUACAUGUGUGGAGAGUGCGGAUACAGGACAGGUUAUAGAACUCACUUAUCUCAACAUAUGAAAAGGCAUGAAGAUACAAAACCUUACAGCUGCAAUCAAUGUGACUUUUCCACCCGAUGGCAAAUCAACUUGCAGCGACACAUGGCUCAGCACACAGGUGAAAAACCGUUCAAGUGUGAUCAGUGUGACUAUUCUGCUGUACGGAAAGUCUAUUUGGACCGUCACCUAGCCAAACACACUGGUGAGAAACCUUACGUAUGUGGUCUGUGCGGAUAUGGGACAGCUUAUAAACCUCACCUAUCACGACAUAUGAGGAAGCACACAGGUGAAAAACCAUACAGGUGUGAUCAGUGUAAUUUUUGCACUAAAAGUAAAAGUCAUUUAGACCAGCACAUGGGUGAGAAACCUUACAAAUGCGAUCAGUUUGACUUAUCCUCUGAGCAGAAAGACAAAUUAGUACAACACAUGGUUAGUCACAGUAAGAAAUCUACAAAUCCAAUUUAUGGAGAAUGUGGAAAGAAGUCAGCAUAUAGGACUAAAGUUUCAAGAGAUAUGACCAAACAAAAAGAUGAAAAACCUUACAACUGUGACUGCUGUGACUUUUCUACCUGUUCAAAAAGCAAGUUGAAACAACACAUGGGUAAACACAGCAAAGAAAAAUGUUACUUGUGUGAAGAGUGUGGGUUCAGGACAGCUUUCCAGUCUUCCUUAACCCGACACACAAAGAAACAUUAUACUGGUAAAAAAACUCACAGGUGUGAAAUUUGCAAUUUCAGUACAGCAAGGAGAGACUAUAUGGAGCAACAUAUGGCUAAACAUUCUGGUGAAAAACCUUACAAGUGUGAUCAGUGUGACUACUCUUCAGUACGAAAAAUCUAUUUGGACAAACACCUGGUUCGUGAACACAGUGAUGAGAAACCUUCUGUGUGUCAAGUCUGUGGAUACAGGACAGCUUGUAGGACUCGCUUUUCCAGGCAUAUGAGGAAACACAAAGGUGAAAAAGUAUACAGGUGUGAACAGUGUGAUUUUUGUACUGUGAGUAAAAACCAGUUAGUACAGCACUUGGGUGAAUAUGAACAUAAACAUAUAGGCGAUACAGGACAGCUUGUAGGACUCGCUUUUCCAGGCAUAUGAGGAAACACAAAGGUGAAAAAGUAUACAGGUGUGAACAGUGUGAUUUUUGUACUGUGAGUAAAAACCAGUUAGUACAGCACUUGGGUGAAUAUGAACAUAAACAUAUAGGCGACUUAUCUUCUGAACAGAAGAAACGUGUAGAACAGCACAUGGUUAGCCAUGGUGGUACCACUGAAAAACCUUUCAUGUGUGGAAAGUGUGGAUUCAGGACAGCUUUCAAGGCUUCUCUGUUGCGACACAUGAGGAAUCAUACUGGAGAAAAACCUCACAGGUGUGAGCACUGUAAUUUCCGUACUGCGAGGAGAGACUACCUGGACCAACAUAUGAUCAAACAUUCAGGUGAAAAACCUUACAAGUGUGAUCAGUGUGAUUAUUCUGCAGCAUGGAAAAAAUCUCUAGACAGUCACAUGGUUAAACACACUGGUAAGAAACAAAAACCUUACUAGUGUGGUCAGGUAAAACACAAUGGUGAGAAACAUUUUGUGUGUGGAAUAUGUGGAUAUGGGACAGCACAUAAGCCUCACCUAUCAAGGCAUAAUUAUGAGGAAACAUACAGGUGAAUAGCCUUACCACGAUGCGAUCAUUGUGAUUUCUCUUCCACGUGGAAAAUAAGGUUAGACCAACUCAUGUCAUGGGCAAACACACUGGUGAGAAACCUUAUGUUUGUGGAGAGUGUCACUGCAAGACAGCUUAUAGAUAUCUUAUGUCAUUUAACUUGAUGAAACAUGCAAAUGACAAACCUAUGUGGUCACUCUAUUGUAACUUCGCUAUAGGACAGAAAGACCACUUAAACCGAUAAAUUAAUUAGACAUACCGUAUAGCAGCCUAGUGCAUGAUGUGCAGUCUUCUGCAGCACCAAAAGAUGAUUGUGACUGGUCAUUAGAGAGACAAUUUUCUAAACACACAUGGCAUGGAUGAAAAUCCAUGAUUAUGUGGAUUGGUCACUCAUAGAAAAGACCAAAUGGUGGAAGUAUUGAGUUUAAUUCAGGACAAGGUAGAUACAUAAUUUUAGACACUGUUACAUGAAUGAUGUUACAAUAGUAUUUGCCUUGUUCUCUUUAUACAGUGUUAUGGUCUCAUCAUAUACAUUUUAAGGUGAUCAUUCUGAAUAAAGGACUUGUCAACAAACCCACUUCAGAGUAAUUGUACUUCUGCGCAGAAGCCUACAAUUGUUGUACAUAGUAAGUUGUUACUGGAAUCUAAUGUACUACACAUGUGACGUAAAAAAUACCUAUCUAACGGUAUCAGUCAGAUAAACAAUAUAAAUGUUGAAAUCUAUUGUUGAAACAUGUUACUUGUGCAGUAAUCUCUCAACAAUGACUAAGGAGCUAGGAGCCUGUCUUUCAUGGAAGUGUAUAUGUAACGUUAUUGUAGUAAAAUGCCUAUUGAAAAUUUUCAGAUCUGGAUCUAGAAUUUGUAACUGUCUUUCUUGGGUGAAGCAAGGAAGUUCUAUAAAGUUUGAUAUAACCUUGCUUGGGUGAAGCAAAAAUUAAAAAAAACAGUUCUACAACCCAUACCAAACUAUCCUUUAGGCUUCACAAUUGAUAUAUUAUAAGUGUUUCUCAUUGAUUGUACAUACAUACAACUUUUGAUGUCAAAGGUUAGUCCGUAUGCAGAGUCGGUGGCGUGGGAACUGACACGCCCACCUCAUCUUCCUUAAAGGUCUUCAUUUGCAUAAAAUUAUAUCAGUUAGUAAUCUUCUCCACUCAAAAAAUGAAAGUUGUCUAAAUCUAUUAAGCAUUUUCUGGUCAAUUAUGCAAAUGAGGAUUCAUUUGCAUAGUUUUAUAUUCAUCAAUAUUCAUCUUCAUGUAACAUCAAAUGCCACAUGUAUGAAAUUCCAUAAUGGUAUUAUUGUGUUUUGUCAUUAAUUAUGCACAUUACUACUCAUUUGCAUAGUUUUUCUCUAUCAGUGUUCAUCUUGUCCUCAGUUGCCAAGUGUUAGCUUAGUCCUGUUACAAACUUUCCUCAAUUAUAAGCAUGUAAAUUACUAAUAGAUUCUGAUUUGCAUAAUUACCAUUUAAUUAUAAGAGCAUCACAUUUUAACCAAGGCAAUGGCAUUAAAUAGGAUGUCAAUUGGUUGAUAAUACCAAGUAAAAACGUUACUCUCCAAGCAGAGCUUGAUGGGGAAAAUCCUGACCAACCUCUGCUGGGACAGCAGACAACACCUCCUUGCCCUGUCCUUGUCCUUGAUUGAACCAGGUGCAAAUAAAUUAGCAUAAGGGUGAAAGGUCAUACAGUCACGAGGAAAAUUACCCAAAAUGGCUGCCGUUGUUUUGUUGUCGUUUAUCAGCGUAGAGAAUUCACCUGUUUCUGAUGUCUAUCUUGUUGGUAGAGCUGUGUUUUCUUCUAAGUAGCAAUCAGAGAGGUGUCUUGUCUGUUCCUGAUGUUUGGUGUAUGGUUUGAGGGCGCGUUUUUUCACCUUAAGACCGCAGACGUUUGGUCGCGAAGAUCGUUUGAAGAACGCCCCCCUCCCAGCUGUAACCAUCAUAUUGUCUUGAGAAAAGUUUCUCCAGUGGCCCUGCGAAAUUAAAGACAAUUAUAGGCGUGGAUUGGCACUUUCAAUGGAUCAGCAGGGAAUAGACCCGACCAUUUUGGAGGCCUGGCAGUCCUUCAGGGCUGAGCAAGGUGGUACACACUCGGCAAGCCAGGACUCUGAAAAGAAGAAAAAGCUGGAAAGGUUCUUGAAGCUUCUUCUUGUCCAGGCUGAGAAGCAGGAGUUGUGCUUUCUGAAUGACCAAGAGCAGUCUUGGGACUCCGGUACGGUGUGUAACGUCCUUGCCCAGGAGUUCCUGAGUGAUGUCCAUGAGUGUUGCAGUGCAGAGGAUGGGGAGAAGACACUGGUGUCCUAUCUCCUGUCGGGGAACGGCUGUCUGCUGGUCCAGGCACUGAACAUCCUCCCACUACAGGGGUUAUCAUGUGGUUCUGACUUGUGCAGCCUCCUGGUGUCCCUCCUCCCGCUCCUGGUGCGAGUGCCUCUCCCGACCUCCCAGUCUGAAUCAGACAUUCUCCUAGAGGACAUUGAUUUUUGCCUACAUCCACUCAAAGUGCACUUCAGGAGAAAGAACCGAUCAAAGAAAAACUUCAGUUGGAAAGACUACUUUGAAAGCAAUUUGGCAGAUGUGAAAAAUGAGCCACGGAUGAGAAAGGGUCUCUCCUCCAGGAGACUGCGACAUUUGAAGCAGUGGUCAAAAGACGAGGACCCCAGCGCCGACCAGGAAAACUCCAGUGUCGAGUCAGACACAGAGGGUUCAGAAAUGUACAGCCGGAACAAGUCAUCUGUCGUGGAACAUGAAAACAUGUGGAUGCACAGCGAUGAUACAUUUGGAUUUGAUGGCAGCAAUCCUCUGACUACCCCAAGACUUAUUGCUGGCAAGAUUUCACCUGACAUGGGAGUAGGAGACAUGUAUGAGGAAAGGGACUUCGUGUACAAACCAAAGACUAUCAAGCCUGCCUACCACCUCAGUAGGAGGGGAGCCAACAAUGGGCCAGUGGAACAAUGGACGUUUAUGGAUAUGUCUGCCUUUGAGCUUUGCCAGGUGCUUUUGUCUUUGCUGGAAAAACUUAGUCACAGUGAGCUGGCUCACGGAACCUAUGGGAGUAAUCCAGCAAGCACAGUGUUGCACCAGCUAACACACAUGAUGGCGUCUCUUAGCCAAAGUCUUUGUAAAGAGACAGGGAACUCAGCUGGGAUGGUUGAAGAAGACGAAACAGACUUUGUGGAUGGUUGGAGUGACGUGGCUACUGCCAGCCUACAGCGCAUGAUCCUACGCAACGUCCUGACUUUGUGUAGUCUGAGUUGCACAAAACCGAGUGGUAUUUCAGAGCUGGCGGGCAGUGGAAUCAUUGCUACCCUGCUGGAUGCUGCGAAGGAGGCGCAUAGCAAAAUCAGCAGGAGAGGAGAAGACAGAAAAGCUGAGUCAACCAAUCCAGCUGACACAAAAAACAGCAACAGCGUCCAUAAUGAUGCCAAUGACAACAACAAUGAUGAAGGAAGUGGGCCAACAUCCUCAUAUUCUAGUCAUCAGAAUGGAACGGGUAGUGAACAUGACACAAACAUCCUUCUAACCUCAGCCUUCGCCCUCCCAAGUGGGACCAUCCUCCUUGUACACGAGAUCCUGCGUGGGGUCCUCAUGCUUAUCAACAGCAUUGUCCAGACACUACCCAUCAACCUGUCCUUCCUGUCCCAGGCCCUGAACCUUCUCAACGAGUUCUCUGCCAGCAACGGGUACCAGCUGGUUCUACAGACCAUCUCACAGAUGGAGGAGUUGCUCACACACCUGGGGGAUCCUGCAGAGGCAGGGAGGGUGCGUGAUUGCAUCACCUCCCUCAUCACAGCCAUGUUCAAGGUAGUCAUCUCCAUGAAGAAGGCCAAGGUUGACUAUGUGCACAUCAUGACGUGCCUGCGGAGGAAGCACAAGCGGUGUGAGUACGGACGCUACAUUCACCACCACCAUGACAUCUGCGGAUUAUCAUCAUCUUCCUAUGAACAGUUGGCACAUACCUUGAAUGACAGUCAGUUCAGCCCCGACAGCCAGUACAUGUCGGGGAGCCAGAUGAACUUCAGCCCUCGGGGUCGGGGGUCGGCAACGAGAUGUUGCAUAGCAGUGGCCAGUGAGACACUCCUACAACUCCUUAGCAGCACAUCGUCAAGGUUUAUCCACAUGCGUGUGCUGGCAGGGAUAGACAACGUGGGGGUGUGCUGCUGCAUGCUACCCUUCCAGGUGCUGCGGCCUGUCCUGGGCAGUCUGCCCACUUACCAGCCCAACAUGCGAGGAUACGCACUCAGCGUGCUCAGCCGCAUCCUGCUGGAGCAGCUGGGGGGCAUGGAGCUCAACAGUCUCAGGUAUGAGUCCUGUACGGUGUGUGGCAGCACCACAGUGCCAUCCACGCCGGUGUACGACCUGACAGUCAGCUCUACUGAGUCGACAGCGAGCACCACGGCCACCACAGAGAGCGCCUUCUACAGCAUCACAGACACAGGCAGGACUUUCUGCAUCAUGUCCAAGUGGGAGGCUCUGGGUCAGUACCAGGAGUUGUUGCGCCUAGAAGAUUCAGGUGUGAGUGUGCAGGUGGCAAGACACCUGCUACACCUGGUGGCACAUGCUAACGAAGGUGUCAGGAAGGAAUUCUUUAUACAGGUGUACCUCCCACUGCUACAAGAAGCCCCUGCAGUUUUCCGCACGUCGGAGCGGAGUGUGAAAGCUGACUCCCCCAGCCGUGCAGUAAUGGAGUGCUGUCUGCUGGCCUUCCCCGUCCUGCUGACGUCGCCGUCAUCUCAGCACCUGUUCCUCACCUGCGGAGGGGUGCACCACCUGGCCCAGCUGCUGCAUGUGGCAUCUGUCCGACCCGCAGUCCUACAGGUGUUUGAAGUACUUCUCCAGCCAGAUGACCACUGCCACCAGAGCCGUCAGGCAAGCCCUGCUCCUGGAAGUCGCCGAUCCAGCCUAGAAGUUUCUACAAGCUCCGUAUCAUCCGUACACAGUGUUGGUCUUACCUUUCCUCACCGGCGGCCCAGCAAUGUUCCCAGGAAGAGGAGCGUCCACUCUGAGGGACACAAGAUGUCGGGAAAUGUUGUCACUGUCCUUGUGAAACUGGCCUUGAACAUGGUGUCUGACAGCCAGGCUAGCCAGUCUUUAGUUGACUCCAGUUUGAACCAGAACCCAUGGGACCGUGAGGCAUCAUAUGGGGCAAAUUUGGCAGCUGCAUUGCAGAUGAACUUACUUCUGUCCAGCACCCCACUUAACGUGGAUGCAGUCAGACUCCCAUCAGAUGAGAACCUAGGGAUGGUGGCAGAGGUAUGGAGGACAUGUGGUCAGCUCUUCUGUACUGUGCCAACCUUCAGAGACUGUUUCUUGCAGCAGGGUGGGUACACCUGUGCUUCCCACCUGCUGACCUUGACUGUUAACUCCUUCUGCAACAGCGAUUUACAUGAAGGGAGCACACUGACAGCAUCAACCGCUACUGCAGAUGUCAUGUCUUCAGAUGACCUUCGGGAAGAGACUGCAGGCUCUCCUGAACUUGACUCUAUUAGUGUCCAGUCUAACCUGACUGAUAGAACUUUGAAGGACGGGUCCCUGUCUGGUGAAAAGGGAGACUUCUAUUACAUCUUGUCGCUGUUUGAGUCAACCCUAGCCAUCUGUUUGAAGGCUGCCUUGAGUGUAGCAGUCACUGGAAUCACUGUGGAUGCCCAGAAUGCUGUGAAGCCCAACAUGACAGUUGACCAGGUGAUCCAGUGCAUCAGGACGCCACUCCUGCAGUCUGGCCUAGCAUCCUCGCCUUAUGGCCAUGCAUUGUGCGAUGCCCUGUUAAACACUGCAACACUGACGCUCGCCACACCAGAUGGGUCGCCAGCCAUCCCUGCUUUGCCUGAUAUGUCACUGGAUGGCAAUGAUGAGCUGUUAGAUGAAGACCUGUUCUUGGAGGAGCUUCAGGCAAUAAGCGACACUGGCAGCGAGCAGAGUGACCGCUGGAGCGUGGAGGAAGGCUACGAAGCAGACAGCGAACGUGACAUGGACGACUCCAAGUUUUGUUCAAGACAGCAGAGAGCACUUUCCUCAGUCUCCAUGGAGAUGUUCUCAGACCAUGCCCACCCCACAAUCAUAGUGUUCCCCCAGCUGUGUUCCUUGACCCUGGACCUGCUGGUGUCCAGCGACUGUGGCUGCAAUGCUAAUGUGGUCUGUCGCGUGCUGGACAGGCUGUGCUCGCUGGUCAAGGGUAGUGAGGCCAACAGCACUGCACUGUACAAGCAGGAUGUCGUAGAAAAACUGCUGAAGGGAUUCAAGUCUGUUCUCACGUCAAAGGACGAGUCUUCUAGCUGUGAGCGGACCCUGCUGCUGGAACUGUUCAUGGCCCUCUCACAGCACACCAUCUCAGCACAGGAGCUCACCAGGUUCUUCGCUCUCUUCCAUGGCAGGGAGUUACCGCUGGAUUGCCUGUUAAAGACGUUGCUGAAGCUGACUCCCAGCAUGACGGCCCAGCCUUCCCACAUCCUGAGUUUCCCCACCGUCAUCCCCACCCCCAAACCCGACGUCCCUGUCGCUGCCAGGCCACAAGGAUCACCCAAGAGACCCGACACAUUAAAUAUUCCUGACAGGACUACUGAGGGGAAGACUGGGACAUCCAGUUCUGCAUGGCAGAGGGCUCCUGUGCAGAUUCCUAUAAAGAAUAACGUGACCUGGCCGCCUCGUGGACGUGGGCUGAGCCUCUCCAUGUGGCUGCGCCUGGAGAGCAUGUGUCGCACACCAGUACUGAAUGGGAGCAACUGCAGGAGGGGGAAGAAGAACAAGUCGGUCAUGUUCAGGGACUCCAGCUCCGACAGUAUGGAUACAGAUAAGAGUGACCCCUCCAGCCCCCGACACAGCACAGACAAGCUUCACUCCUCGGGGUACCUCCACUUGGUGUCCUGUGGCUCUAAAGCACUCAUGAUGCAGACCUGGGUGGACACUUCCACAGGCACACUCACUUUCAGGAUCUGUGUGGACCCAGAUGACGGUAAGCAACCCGGUACUCUAACGGAGACCACCUGCCCCGGCAUGCUGGCCUGUGGACAGUGGCAGCAUCUCUGCCUGUCCUACUGUGAGACUAUGGACGCAAAGAAUGUCUUUGGCACUAUUUCCCUGGUGGUUGACGGACACCUUGAGCGGGAGGUGCUGCUGGAGUACACCCCGCCACCCAGCAAGAAGCAGAAGCUGGCAUCACAGGCUCCCAAGAUGCACUGCCUGCUGGGACACUGCACCCAGAGUGACCACGCUCACACAGGAACCUGGAGUACAGGCAAUGUCAUGGUGUUCAAUGAUAUUCUUCAGCGUGACCAGGCAUUCCAGUUGUUCAGCCUUGGUCCGGAUGCAGGGUGCCUGAGCCAGUGCCGCUGUGCCUGGGAGCCUCAGAGCGUGCCCAGCCUCAUCACUAAGGAGGCGCUGCGAGCAGGCAUCAGGGAAGACCUGCUGACCGGGCAGAGGAGCCUGAACAUCAACCAGAUCAAGGAAAACCUUGUUGCUGUGUACAGUCCAAAGACCCCAGCCACCUUCAACUACUACAGCAGCUCAGCACCCCCCACUCGCUCCCUCACAACCCUCCUCACCAAGGACCAUCCUGCAAGGAAGAUUAGCGUGGACCCCUUUCUGGAGACUCCUGCUGCUUUUUCUGUUACUGCGGUAACAGAGCUGCAGACACAGGUACACAGGGGUCUGCAGAAUGCAGUGCAUGAAGUGGGAGGAGUUGGAGUAUUCCUCUUCCUGUACGCUAAGGUUGUAGAGCUGAGUGAGGAUGAAGAGACACAGGCACAGGCCCUCCAUCUGCUGUUCUUAGUACAGCAGCACAAUCAACGUCUGGCCAAGGAGUUCUCUGACAUGGAUGGGUGUCACCUGCUGGGGAGGGUGCUGCUGAAGGACAGGUGUAAAGUUGGCUUUCAUACGCUGAAGGUCUUGCUGGAUGCUUGCUGUGACAGCAGCGUGAUGGAAGUGUCCACCAAUGCCACCUACAGCAUCAACCCUGAGUCAGACGCUAUCAUCCAGGACACCACGGUGGUGUCUGAGCUGCUGCUGGCCUGGCAGAUCUGGCAGCGUGCAGAUGUCACUGUGUGGCAGGCACUUCUCACAGUGCUGGAGACCCUCAUCAGGGACAACCACCCGCACCAAAUGUUCAACAUCAGGCAGCUGUUGUCCAUCAACAUUGUGUACAAACUGCUGCAGACCUGCCAGGAGCAUCAAAGCGAAGACCUCCCCUCCCUACCCCCUGCUGUUUGCCAGUCCUUUGUUUCUAUAGUGCAGUGCACCCUGGGAUGCCCUCCCGAUUUGAACCUGCUCACCGCAGUCUGCGACUUUCUUCUGGCGGUGCACCCAGCCAUCAACACGUUUGUCUGCCACGCCCCGUCCAGCUUCUACUUCACUCUCCAUUCAGGAACUCACCAGCAGUACAUGCAGAAGCUGUUCCGCUCCCAGUCGUCAGGCAUGGUGACCGGACAGGAGCAGCCCUCUCCCAACCCCCUGUCCAGCAGCACCCCCCUCCGUGCCCUGGACAAGAUGAAGAGGAACUCCCUACAUCAGGGCAUCAUCCCUGAGGAGCAGACAGCCACAUCUGACUCAGACUCUGGACGCAAAGUCCACUCUGCUCAGUCAGGCAUGCUGAAGACGACUGGCAUUGUCCGGAGCAGGAGCAUGCCCAACUCACCUGCAGUGGUCAGACGACGGAUCAGGAAGAAGUUGUCCUUUGAAGACGGGGGUCCCAACAUGGCAGCCAGGUCAGACUCUGACAGUUCAGACAGCAGCGGCAGGGGAACACAAGAACUGGCCAACGGGAUCAUGUUCACACUCAGCUCUGAAAUUGCUGACGGACACCUUCGUGUGGGGAACUUACAUGACGACAGGAGCAGACAUACGUAUGUCUCCUUUCCACUUGGCAGCUACGACAAGGACGAAAAGAUCGGCACAGAGGGAUCAAACAACUUGGAAAGUGGGGUGGACGUUGACACGGGUAACGAGCCUGCUCAUGUGUCAAGACAGAGCACGCCAUCUGACCAGGACUCCAACCCUGAGGCUGACCAGGCCAUGCAGGAUGCCCUUAACGAACUUCCCUCCGGACAGAUAAUAUCCGACGAGGAAGAUCAGAGAAGUAGAAGCAACUCCGAGUCCUCCCUAGAUGAAUGGGAGAACCUCCCCCACCCAAAUUCUCCACUUUCCCUGGCUCUGAACGCAGCCCUGAAAGACAAGGGCCAGGAGAGCAGGCAGGUGCAGCAGGAGGACGGGGUGGCCAUGGUGUGCACCGGGCUCCUCAACCUGAUGUGUGGGGUGUUUGUCACCCUGCCUGACGCCAUGUUGGACCAGGUGAUGGGCAACAUCCUGAAGCCGGAGACGCUGGUGGUGCUGGCUCAUCACCACUCCUCCAGCAUCAGGACCGCCAUCAUCAAGUUGCUGGGUAUCUACUUCCAGAGGGCCAAAGAAGAGCAGUUCAAUGCCUUCAUGAAAGUGCGGGGUUUCUUCCUGCUGGCCAAUCAGCUCCACCAGCACAGUGCCACACGAGAACUGGUGGAGGCCUGCCUGUCUGUCAUUGUGGGGAAACCUGUGGGGCUGGAUGAAGACAUUGAUGUUGGCUGUGUACAGCACAUGACAGGAUUACAGCAGCACACAGUGGUGCCCCUGUUGGCCCUGCUGGAGAACUGUAUCCACGACACAGCAGUCUGCCACAACACGCUGUGCGUGCUCAUCCAGCUGUUUGAGAGCAGCGAGGUCAUGGCCGCCAUCAUGAUGGAAAACGGGCUGGUCUGGGCGCUAUGUAACGUCAUCUCGGCCAUAAACAGCCCUCAGAUAAGUCUGGCACCAGAGGACCAGCUGCUGCUGGUGGGGGAUGUGCAGCACUUCCUGGCCUGUGUGGUGGUGCGAGCCUGCAGCAUGACGGGUGUGCAGAACUUCCAGGUGCUGGAGGACAUGGUGACCCUGCUGGGCAGGGUGGAGGACAUGCAGAGGGACAGGCACCAGGAAGGUUCCCAGUCAGUGGCAGUGGAGAGGGUGCGGAACAUUCAAUACCACCUCCUGCAGGCCGUUCUCAGCUACAUAGAGGGCGCUUUCAACGACACCCUGGAUGAGCCACUAGUAACCAUCUCCCUCCCACAAGUAACAACAGCAGAACCCAACAGCAGAGAUCAGCUGGGCAGGAGGCAGAGCUAUCCACCAGGUCUUGGUGACAUCCAGUCCCCUCCUCUGUCUCCGACCGCUUCCCUGUCUCCUCCUCUUGCCUUUCCCCCGCUCUACUCCCUGGAGAACAACAACGACAGCUUGAACCUGUCCGAGUCAGGCAGCCUUCCAUCUGGCCUGCGGCAGGGAGAGGGAAAAUGUCUCGGCCUGGACAGCAAGCGUAGAUACUCCGCCCAAUCAGAGACGAUGGUCUUGUCAUUGAAGAGGAGGUCCUCAGCAGUGGAGAUGCCGGUGGUCCCGGGCCGUGAGGGAAGCACGGUAACAGAGGGGGAGAUUGUGCAGAGGAUCCAAAGGGUCUGUGUUCUGGCAGUCAACCUGUUGUCUUUCUCAGAUCCAGGCCGGAAGGGAAAGGAUUCCCUGCACAGGGUUGACUUCCUGGAGCCCAUGUCCUCUGAACCGUCCACCAUGCUGACAUCCGAGCGGGAGUUCACGCGGUCACUGUUCCAGCUGAUGCUGCGUGGCGUGGCCUCGACCCUGGAGAGCAGCCGCGGGGCGUCGCGCCGACGCUGGCACCGUAUCAUGUGGUCAUCUCGGGACUGCAUGCGCGUGCAGCUGGGGCGGCUCAUGGUCCACAUGAUGGGGCCGCGGCAGCCGCUGGAGCAAAGGGUCUACACGCUGAAGGUUGUCCAUGAACCAAACAGCAAACAGAUCCUGAACACUGUUCUACACACCAAUCUAUCUCAUGGGCAGAAGGUGGUGGUGUACCUGUACUACCUGCUGUUCUACCAUAAGGACCGGCUGAAUGAGAAGGAGAGAACAGCAGGGAAGACCCUGAUGCGACUGCUGGACCAGAUCAGCUUCCAGCCCAUCCCACUGGGGGAGCUCAGCCCAGAGACACUGCAGAGUAUUGACGAGGAUCAGAAGUCUUGGGACAAAGAUGAGAAAAAUGCCAAAACCUCCUGGAGAAAAAGAAGAAUCACCAUCCAGAACAAGUUGAUAAAAAGCACCGGAGAGCUUGCCAAGCAGAUCUCCUGGUUUGCAAUGGAGGUGACUCAGGCUGUGGUCCUGUCCCAGAACAUGGAGCGGAAGAAGCUGCUGGAACACAUGAAGGAGAGCAUGACACAGGACCUGAGUGUGCGCCGAGCCUGGCACGCCCUCAUCCAGCAGCUCACACACGAAAGGGCAGUGUGGUUCAAUCCCGAGUCCCAGCCUUCCUCCUGGCAGCUGGAUCCCACUGAGGGCCCCUGUCGGGUCCGGCAGAGACUGCAGCGCUGUCACCUCAACCUCAGCAACAAGUACUUCCUGCCUGAAGCACAGAGAACUGAGGGUGACAAGGAGCCCCGUCAGCAGCUGUCCUACCUGUUUGAAGAUUCCAGCCAACCAGAUGACUCCACCACUCUCAGACACAGACUACACACUAAUGAGGCAAUCAGAUAUACCCACCGCUGCACAAAUGUUACUCCUUCCAACGAGGCAACAGGAGAGAUCCUGAUUGGUGAGAACAGCGUGUACUUUGUUGGUGAUGAGCCCAUCCUGGAUCUCAACAGCACACAGUUUCUGCAGGGUGACCGUGAAGUCCUGUCGAUGUCUUGGCUGUACGAGGACAUUAAGGAGGUGCACAAGCGCUGGUACCAGCUGAGGGACAACGCCCUGGAGAUCUUCAUCACUACUGGCAGGACCCUGCUGCUCGCCUUCGAAACACAGAAGGACCGAGACAUGGUCUGCCGACAGGUGCUGGCCAUGGACCUGCCCAACCUGGUUGCCUACGACAAUCUGCAGGCCAUCACACAGAUGUGGAAGAUUGGACAGAUGACAAAUUUCGAGUACCUGACCCACCUGAACAAGCACUCUGGGCGAUCCUUCAAUGACCUGAUGCAGUACCCAGUCUUCCCCUUUGUGCUGGGUGACUACACCAGUGAUACCAUCGAUCUGACCAACCCAAAGGUCUACAGGGAACUGGCAAAACCUAUAGCAGUCCAAGACAAGAGCAGAGAGCAGAGAUACAUUGAGAACUUUGAGUGGCUGAGGAUUGAGCAUGAGAAGGGUGGUGAUGUUGAUGACCCCAUGCCGCCGGUGGAACCGUACCACUACGGUUCUCACUACUCCAACAGUGGCACUGUGCUCCACUUCCUGGUCAGACUCCCCCCUUUCACCACCAUGUUCCUCAACUACCAAGACCGUAACUUUGACAUCCCUGACCGAACCUUCCACUCCCUGCUCACCACCUGGAGGCUGUCAUCCUUCGAGUCCACCACGGAUGUGAAGGAGCUCAUCCCCGAAUUUUUCUUCCUGCCAGAGUUUCUCCUGAACUCUGAAGGUUUCAACUUCGGCCACCGCCAGUCAGGACACUUAGUUAACGACGUUGCCCUCCCACCCUGGGCACAGUCGGACUCCCGCCUGUUUGUACUGAUCCACCGGCAGGCGCUGGAGUCGGACCUGGUCUCCAUGGCAAUCCACGCCUGGAUCGACCUGGUGUUCGGCUGGAAGCAGAAGGGGAAGGCAGCUGUAGAGGCCAUCAAUGUCUUCCAUCCAUCUACAUAUUUUGGGAUUGACACCUCCGCUAUCGAAGACAAGGUCCAGAGAAGGGCCACGGAGACGAUGAUCAAGACGUACGGACAGACACCUCGGCAACUCUUCAAGAGUCCCCACCCACCCCGACAGCAGGUGAGCAGCAGCUCGGAGGCUGAUGUGGCCGGGAUGGUGGGAGCAGCUGGCUUCCUCUUCAACUUCAAGGACAGCAAGGACACUGCAGUGGACAUCAAGUCUGUCAGGAGCCCACUGCCGCAGGUGGAAGGCCUGAAGUGGGGGAACUACGUGGGCUCUCCAACAUGUCCGGCACCUGCAGUGCACUGGAGUCAGGACCACGGGGCAGUGGUGUCGUCGCUGGUGGGGCUGCCGACAGGGGAGGUGUGCGGGCUGGCCCCCAACUUCUGUCUCCUGGUCAUGUACAGCAAGGAGAAAGGUGUGAGUGCCAUGAAUCACACAGACAUCCUGUGGUCGGCCAUCCUGAGCUGGGGGCAUCCCGACGGCAUCAUGAGACUGAAGAGCCGACAAAGCGAGCCUGCUACCAACUUCUUCCACUGCCCUCCCAACGACCAGGUGACCUGUUGUGCAUCUGUGACAGACUGCCGACUGCUAUUUACUGGAGGAACGUCUGGUGUGGUGACUGCCUACCCAACCAGGUUCACUGGAAACAAGCCUUCAGAGUUUGAGGUUGUUGACAGCAGAGUGUGCCUGUAUGGCCACACAGGGCCAGUCAGCUGUCUGCAGGUGUGCCGACCCUACAGUAUCGUGGUCAGUGGCAGCCAGGACGGCACAGCCAUCAUCUGGGACAUCAACAGAUUGUCGUAUGUGCAGUGUCUGAAUGGCCAUGAGGGUGGUGUCACCGCUGUGGCUGUGAGCGAGACAUCAGGCGACAUCGCCACCGUGUGCCACCCCUCUGCAACCACAAGUGAGCUGAGCUUGUGGACAAUUAACGCCCGACCAGUGGGGUCUGUCCGCUGCCUGUCCACUAUCCACUGUGUGGCAUUUUCCAAUGCACCGGAGGGGAUUUCUGUGAAUGUGGUGGCAGCUGGCCUGCAGGAUGGAUCAGUCAGGCUGUGGAGUACAUGGGACCUGAGCCUUGUUAGAGACAUUAAACUGGAACAGUUCAACAAACCUAUCAUCAGCCUAACAUUUACCCAUGAUGCUCAGCACCUGUAUGCGUCCACGAUUGAUGGGACAGUAUUUGCUUUGUGCAAGAAGGACCAGACAAAGAACAAGAGGCCCCUCUUCAUCCCCUUUUUAAGCUGAACAGGGACGACAGCGUAUCUGUUCAAAAACAUGACAUACCUAUUAUGGAGCAUGAUCGACUCAAGCAGAUUCUGUUACAGACGUGUGAGAUGACACUUCCUCAAACCUGUGGUUGAUUGUCCAUUGACUACUUCAGAACAUCAAGUUCAGCAACGUACCAUAACCUACAAGUGAAUUUGGUACACUGGACAUUUGGUACGGAAAAAAAAUCUAUGAUGUGCAACAAUUGACACUUGAUUCUACUUUACUGUUCUGUUUGUAGAACCCAUCUGUUCUCUGGUGUAUGGAAUGGGUUUCGUUUACAGUUGUCGGCGGCAACAUGGUUUAAAUUUCCUUGUCUCCCCUAGGAAUGAGACCAUUGAGGAAAAAAACCCAAUGUAUGUGGUUACCAUCCUAGUGCUGAUCAAGUGAUAAAAUUGCCAAGUUUUGUAGCAUUACAAGCUUCUCAAUUGAUAAAAGAUAUAUUCUCAAGCUCAUUACAAAAACAAUGUACUAGAAAUUAGUAGAGACAAGGCCUCAUCCAUUUCAUAUUGCCUUUAUGUAAAAAAUAAUUCUUUCACUGCCAUUUAUUAAAUCUCUUCUGUAAUGAAGCAGAUAUAGUUACCAUAACGUUAUUGAUUUAUAUUUUGUUCCAAAGUAAUGAUCUGUAUCUUUGCUAUGGUAAGAUACUAUCCAGCUGCAAAAUCCAGUGAAUUCUGUAGUGAGUAGCUGAAUUUUGUAAUGAUUUCUUUGUAUUUCGUUCCCACACUACAAGGUAUUUGUAUUACUUUAUUCCUGUAUCCAAGAUUAUGUUUUGAAAAUGUUUUUGCUAGCUACUACAAAGUUUAUUAUUUGUGACAUUUACUUGUGGAAGCAGAAAAAGGAAAAAUAAAACUAGGCUGCAGUUAGAUAUUGAUACAAGGUAAGGUAAAUUGUAAAAUGCACUUCUAUUAUGGCAGCUUUUUGUGUACUACUCAGAAGGAAUUCUGAAUAAGAAAGUGCCGGUAUUCAAAAUUAUGUUAUGAUUUAUCAUAUUGUGAUUUAAUAUGUUGAUGCUAUUCAUAUGCAGUAAAGGCUUUGACAUUAUGGCCAAUAUAUUUAUAUAGGAAUUGUUACCCAUCAUUAUGUAUUUUCAGAACAGUGUAAGGUAUAUGUAUGUUCAAAGAUGGGACCACCAGUUAUGCUUAUCUUAGAAAGAAGUAAGCAAUAACACGGUUACGCUUUUAAAACUUGUGUGGAAGAAAGAAGGACUGAAGUGAUAUCAAGCAAAAGUGACAAACCCAAUGCUUCUUAUUAACUGUGCAAUAUUUGUAUAUGAUGAUUGAGAGAAGCCAGAGACAGUGUUACUGACCAAUGAGUGAUUUUACAAUCACUUGGCAAGAACAAUACAUUAACCAUGCCAUGCUGUAUAUAUACAGGAGCCAAAGUAUGCCUUUCCAAUAACAUUGUAUGUAAAUCAACAAUUAUUAGAAUGUCUAUUUUCAUAUGAAUUGAGCAGUGACGUCCCUCCAAUGAGGGCCUUGUAUAUGGCAGUGCUGCUCCAAGUUGUUCUGUACAUACCAUGUCACUACCGUGUACAUAUAUAUUGCUUCAAAAUACAUAAAGCAUCAUCUCAA